AUGGCAAUGAUAGCUACCUCGAGCAAGAUGAGCGAUGCUGAAAUUGUUCAGGAAGUUUUCGAACAGGCAAGUAAGCUAGACGAUCUCACUCGAGUUGAUAUACUGACCCGCUUGAACCAGGAAGCAACUCUUCGCUUCCCUUCCUUCACCUCCAACGACGCCUUCCAAAUCGGCAGCAUUAUUCGGGCUAAAUUUCUCGCAAAGCACCUUCCCUACUCUGCAUUCAAGGCAGAAUCUACUAUAUCAUCCAUCGCUUCGACAGUAUCGAGUGACGAAGACAAAUUGCCUGAAUGGGCCAACCGGGGCAUAGUCGUUUCCAUUUCAACGUUUACUGGACAUACACUUUUUGCGUGUACUGUAGGUGCCGAGUCUGAGUCACACCUGAUAACUGGGUUUGGGAAACUAGCAGCUGCCGGCAAAACACAAGAGGCAGCCAAUCUGCCGUUCCCCGAGUACGCCACUCACGGUGGAGCAUUCCCUGUCUGGCUGCAGAAUGCACCGUCGUCCCGGUUGCCGUUAUCGUCGUGA